CCAAAGCUGAAGUUGGUCCACUCUAUCACCGCUGGCGUAGACUAUACUUCGAAGUCGCCAAUAUUCGGCGAUCCAUCUAUCCGAUGGACCUACUCUUCGGGCAUUCAUGGAGCACCAAUGGCUGAGUGGGUCUUUAUGACCUAUAUGGCGUUCCAGAAGGAAUGGGACUUCUACCGCGAGGCUCAGCGGAAUCGUGAAUGGGGCUUUCACUUCAAAGCAAUGCGUACACGGGACUUGGUCGGCCGGCGAAUGGGCAUUAUGGGAUAUGGGUCGAUUGGCAGGCAGAUUGGCAGAGUGGCGCAGGCGAUGGGUAUGGAGAUCUUGGCGCUUACGGCGACGGAGAAGAGAACGAAGGAAGAUAGACGAGAAGCAGGCUAUCGGCUUCCCGGCAUGGGCGAUCCAGAGGGCGAGGUUCCCGUCGAGUGGUUCUCCGGGCUAGGGAAGGAGGCGCUGCACGUCUUCCUGGCUGCGAGGAUUGAUAUAUUGGUCAUCUCACUGCCAUUGACCGAGCAGACGCGAGGCAUGCUGGGAAAGGAAGAGUUCGACGUCCUCGCAAAACACAGUCCGUACGGAGGUGCUUUCAUCUCCAACAUUGCUAGAGGCGAAGUCGUCAACCAAGACGAGCUCAUCGCGGCAUUGAAGACCGAAGGAAGCGGAGUUCGCGGCGCCGCGCUGGAUGUCUCGAUUCCGGAGCCUCUACCAACGGACAGCCCAUUUUGGGAGGCACCAAACUGCUUCAUCACGCCCCCAAACUCGUCGCAGAACAUCAAAUACAUGAGCCGUGGGUUGCAGAUCAUGGUGGAGAACUUG